UAGCAGUGUUUUGAAGUAAUGUAUCCUAAUGUAGUUAUGUGCUUACUACUGUAUUGGGGCCUUAAAGCACUUUGAAGGCCCAUUUUCUUUUGUGGGCUGGAAUUAUGUUCAACUCACAAAAGCCUUGUUCUAUGUAUUUGGUCCUAUUAUUAGACACGGUUUUUGAGUCAUGCUUUCGAUAUAUUUUGGAACCGACAAAUUUCUUUCGGAGCAGCUGCUCGGAAACAAUUAGCCGAUUUAGAUUUGCAAAUGAUUCUAGAUUAUUCGUUGGUAGAAUGUAUUCCUCUUUGGGUUUGGGAUUGUAUUCACGCCACUUUUUCAAGUUUCAUCCUAUAGUUUGAUUGAACUUAUUUGAUCAGCAUGAUUCUGGCUUUCUUUCUUUUUUUUUGAUAUCUCUUUGCUUGACAUUCAACUGUUUCAGAUGAUUGAGUUGAAAAGGGGAUUUUAACUAGAAGAUUUUGUAUAUUAUGUGCUUAAUGUACUUUAUACAGCGUGAUUAUCUAUUUUAUUAUUCAAUUCUUUUGGGAUUGGAUCUAUAAAAAAUUUCUUGGUCAAGAAUGGAAUUGGAUAUGAUUUUUCCCAUUUUAGUAAGUGAUUUGACAUUUUUAUUAUGAUUUGAGAUUUGAGCUGGACAUGCUGUUAGAAUCUGUGAGCUCAACUGCUAAGCGUGCAGAAGAAUUUUUGACUCUCAUCAAUGAAAAUAAAAUCAAUCUGGAGGCCCCCUUCCAUAUAAAGGAUUACUUUAAUGCUCUAAAUUUAAGGUGUGUUGAGCGUUUGUAUGGUGAUCAUGGUCUUGAUAUGAUGGGCAUAUUGCGCAAAAAUCCAGCUCUUGCACUACCAAAGUUUAACUCGUCUGAAGCAGUAGCAAGAUGAAUGGACUCGGUGUCGUUCAGAUUUUAACGAAGUUUGGGCUGAAAUAUAUGCUGAAAACCGUUACAAAUCACUUGAUCAUCGCAGUUUCUACUUAAAGCAACAAGAUUCAAAGAACUUGAGCACAAAAUCUUUGGUGGCUGAAAUUAAGGAGUUGAAAGAGAAUAAACUGGCAGAGGACAAUGUUCUUUUUGCUAUUGCUGCUGGAUACCAGCAACCUGUAAUUCCACACCAGGAACAUGGAUACUCUGACCUCAGCAUUCAUGAAGAUUUGUAUAAACUUGUUCAAUAUUCAUGUGAAGAGAUGUGCUCGACCAAGGAACGGGUGAAUAAGGCUAUGAAGCUAUGGACUACCUUCUUCAACAAACUGAAAAAGAGCUAACAACCCCAGAAGAGACUGUGUUGAUAAACCUUACUUCUCCAUCCAUGAAUGACUCAUCUUUCAAAUCAAGCUUGGAUUUAAACCCCAGAAGAGAUAAUGAUGAUGAUGAUCAUCAAAGAAAGAGUAAGGUAGAUGAUUCCAAGAUCAAGUUGCCGGCACCAUCGUUUAAAAGAUUGUUCACUUUGAAUCUACCAGAAUGGAAGCAAGCAAGCUUGAGAUGUUUAAGUGCAGUUUUGUCUGGUGCUGUGCAACCUGUUUAUUCCUGUAUCAUUGGGUCUACGAGGAUCAGAGAGAGGAUGCUUUCAAAGAUACUUUUGAAGUUGGAUGGUUUGAUAAAGAUGAAACAUCUAGUGGUGCUAUUUGCUCCUGACUAGCAAAAGAUGCAAAUGUGGGGAGAUCUUUAGUGGGUGAUAGUAUGUCUCUCCUUGUACUAAGUGUGUUGGCUCUAUCCAUGGCUUUCGCUUUGGGAUUAGUCGUUGCAUGGAGGCUUGCUUUGGUGUUAAGGAAAAGCACAUGGUGUUGAUUACUUACAUUAAUUAUUGUCAAUUAUAUAUUUUUUUAGUGGAUGGCUAACCAGAAAUGAGUAAUUUAAGGGAGGAUUAGACAAAAGUAUCAAGCAAUAAUAGAGAUUAUUUUCCUUAAUAUUAAUUAAUUUAAUCCAGAAAUUGAUAUAUUAAUGAAUCCAUGAGGAUUCGGGAAUCACAAAUUCACGUUCUAUAAUCAAGAAUAUCCGAAGGUGAUCAACGUGGGUGGUUAAAUUAGAAGAAACUAAUUAAACAAUCAUUGAGCUCUCCUUGAAAGUGGAACAUGUUCAAUUAAUGUAAAAUCACACAGACCUCUGAAUCUUUGACCAGUCCAUAUGCAUGCUGAACUGUAAAAUCAUUUUGUAAGCCAUAGCAGAAGACCUGUUUGUUUUGGUUUAAUUUUGUGUGAAAAUGGGAGGAGAAAGAGAAAGCAGCGAGGUGAAGAGGAAGAACGGGUCUGUACUGUCCAUUUUCAUGCAUGCAGACGGUGUGGAUAUGUUGUUGAUGUCUCUGGGAUUCAUCAGAGCUGUUUGUGAUGGCUUCACUGGACCUUUAGUGGUGUUUGUGAUGGGUGAAGUUAUGAACAAUUUUGGCACUGCGUCAACUGAUAACAAAGAGUUGUUCAUCCAUGACAUUAACAAGAAUUCAGUGUAUAUGUUGUACAUAGCUUGUGGGGGAUGGCUUGCUGGUUUCCUAGAGGGAUAUUGUUGGACAAGAACAGGUGAAAGGAAAGCCACAAGAACGAGAGCUAAAUAUUUGAAAGCAGUAUUAAGGCAAGAUGUUGAAUACUUCGAUUUGCAUGUCACCAGCACUGCAGCAGUCAUCACUAGCGUCUCUAAUGAUACUCUUGUCAUUCAAGAUGUUAUAAGUGAAAAGCUCCCAAAGUUUUUGGCCAAUGCUGCAACAUUUAUCGGAAGCUAUGUAGUAGGAUUCUUGAUGUCGUGGAGGUUAACCAUUGUUAUAUUUCCCACUGCUCUGCUUCUGGUAAUUCCUGGAAUGAUUUGUGGAAGAGCUGUGAUGAAUUUAGCAAGGAAGAUGGCAGAAGAGUACAACAAGGCUGGGACAGUUGCGGAACAGGCAAUCUCUUCUAUAACAACUGUUUAUUCAUUUGUUGGUGAAACCAAAACCAUCAACGAGUUCUCUUCGGCCCUUGAAAGCUUUGUCAAUUUGUGGGUAACAGGCUUGGCUAAAGGCUGGGCUGUUGGAAGCAACAACAUCGUUUAUGCUAUUUGGUCUUCCAUAGCUUAUUACAGCAGUAGAAUGGUCAUGUACCAUGGUGCUAAGGGAGGAACCGUCUAUGCUGUGGCCUCUGCCAUUGUCGUUGGUGGCUGGGCGUUGGGACCUGGUUUAUCUCACUUAAAGUCCAUAUCAGAAGCAAUGUCCGCAGGAGAACGUAUAAUGGAGGUAAUAAAAAGAAUUCCCAAGAUUGAUUCGGACAACAUGGAAGGUCAAGUUCUGGAGAAUGUUUCAGGUGAAGUUGAGUUUAGACACGUAGAAUUUGCAUACCCGUCAAGGCCUGAAAGCAUAAUCUUCAAAGAUCUUAACAUAAAAGUUCCAGCAGGAAAGACAGUGGCCUUAGUGGGAGGCAGUGGCUCAGGGAAAUCCACAGUAAUUUCACUAUUACAAAGGUUUUAUGACCCACUUGGAGGUGAAAUUCUUCUUGAUGGAGUUGUUAUUCAUAAAAUACAACUGAAAUGUUUCAGGUCAAAAAUGGGUUUGGUGAGCCAAGAGCCUGCACUAUUUGCAACAACAAUUAAAGAAAACAUACUUUUUGGCAAAGAAGAUGCCACAAUGGAAGAGGUUAUUGAAGCUGACAAAGCUUCAAAUGCUCAUAAUUUCAUCUCUCAGUUGCCUCGGCAAUAUGAAACUCAGGUGGGAGAGAGAGGAGUUCAAAUGUCUGGUGGGCAAAAACAAAGAAUUGCUAUUGCACGAGCAAUAAUCAAAGCACCUAGAAUCCUUCUUUUGGAUGAGGCAACAAGUGCCCUCGACUCUGAAUCUGAGCGUGUGGUCCAAGAAGCCUUAGACAACGCCUCUGUUGGACGCACCACUAUCAUCAUAGCUCACCGUCUCUCCACCAUCCGCUACGCCGACAUGAUUGCCAUCAUGCAAGACGGCCAUGUCAUGGAAACAGGUUCACAUGACGAGCUUUUGCAAGAUGAAAACGGUCUUUAUACGUCCCUUGUUCGUCUACAACAAACUGAAAAAGAACAAACAAAAACCCAAGAAUAGAUGAUGAUGACAAAUCUCAAUUCUUCACCCAUGAAUGGCUCAUCUUCCACAUCAAGCUUGGAUGUUAACAUUAGAAGAGAAGAUGAUGAUGAAAAAAGAAAAGGCAAUCGAGAAGAUUACAAGAACAAGGUGCCUGUGCCAUCAUUUAGAAGAUUGUUAGCUUUGAAUCUACCUGAAUGGAAGCAGGCAAGCUUGGGGUGUUUAAGUGCAAUCUUGUCCGGUGCGGUGCAACCUGUGGUUUCAUUUACCAUAGGGUCUAUGGUAUUGGUGUUUUUCUUGAAGGAUCACAAUGAGAUUAAGGAGAAAACGAAGAUUUAUGCUUUGAGUUUGAUUGGGUUAGCAGUGUUCUCUUUGUUUGUUGAUUUAAGCCAACAUUACAAUUUUUCUUAUAUGGGUGAACACUUAACCAAGAGGAUCAGAGAGAGAAUGUUUUCAAAGAUACUCACUUUUGAAGUGGGAUGGUUUGAUCAAGAUGAAAAUUCCAGUGGUGCUAUUUGUUCCCGACUAGCCAAAGAUGCAAAUGUGGGGAGAUCUUUAGUGGGUGAUCGCAUGUCUCUCAUUGUACAAACUGUAUCGGCUGUAGCCGUAGCUUUCACUAUGGGUUUAGUCAUUGCAUGGAGGCUUGCUUUGGUGAUGAUAGCAGUCCAGCCCCUCAUCAUAGUAUGCUUUUAUACUAGGAAGGUUCUACUUAAAAAUAUGUCAAAGAAGGCCAUAAAAGCGCAAGAAGAGAGCAGCAAGCUUGCUGGCGAGGCUGUUUCCAACUUGAGAACAAUCACAGCCUUCUCCUCUCAAGAAAAAAUCCUGAAGAUGCUAGGAAAGGCCCAGGAAGGACCAAGAAUGGAGAGUGUCAAACAGUCACGGUAUUCUGGAAUAGGCCUUGCCUUCUCACAAAGCCUAACAUCUUGCACUUGGGCUUUGGAUUUUUGGUACGGUGGCAAACUCCUGAAAGAGGGCUACAUCACUUCCGAGGGCUUUUUGCAGACCUUCAUGAUCCUACUGAGCAGUGGCUAUCUCAUAGCUACUGCUGGAAGCAUCACCACAGAUCUUGCCAGAGGCUCAGAUGCUGUAAGGUUAGUCUUCGCUAUAUUGGAGCGGUAUACAAGAAUUCAGCCUGAUGAUUCUGAAGGCUACAAGGCUGAAAAAAUAACAGGUCAUAUAGAACUUCAAGAUGUACAUUUUGCAUAUCCUGCUAGACCUGAUGUGAUGAUUUUCAAAGGCUUUUCUAUCAACAUUGAAGCUGGAAAAUCAAUUGCAUUGGUAGGGCAAAGUGGGUCUGGGAAAUCAACGAUUAUUAGUUUAAUCGAACGUUUUUAUGAUCCUUCAAAGGGUAUAGUAAAAAUUGAUGGCUGGGAUAUUAGAUCAUACAAUCUUAAAUCAUUGAGAAGGCACAUUGCACUUGUUAGUCAAGAGCCUACAUUAUUUGCUGGUACAAUUAGGGAAAACAUUAUUUAUGGUGUAGAUGACAACAUAGAUGAGUUUGAGAUAAUUGAGGCAGCUAAGGCCGCCAAUGCUCAUGAUUUCAUAGCUGGAUUGAAUGACGGAUAUGACACACGGUGUGGGGAAAGAGGAGUACAAUUAUCAGGAGGUCAAAAGCAACGUACUGCGCUAGCUCGAGCAAUACUGAAAAAAGCUACAGUAUUACUAUUAGAUGAAGCAACUAGUGCGCUCGAUAGUCAAUCAGAGAAAGUAGUGCAAGAUGCGCUUGAGCACAUGAUGAUUGGAAGAACCACUGUAAUGGUAGCACAUAGAUUAAGUACUAUACAAAAUUGUGAUCUCAUUGCUGUAUUAGACAAAGGGCAGGUCAUCGAGAAAGGAAACCAUCAUUCUUUGUUGGCCAAAGGAUCCACAGGAGCUUACUACUCCUUAGUUAACCUCCAAAGGAGACCAGAUACUAAUACUCAUUCAACGAUCAAUCAAAUUUAA